AUUCUAUUGUCUCUUAGAAAUUUAGGAAGCUUUAGAAGGCCGGAGGGCCCUCCCACCCGCUAUUGUUGCCCUGAAGAUGUACUAAACCUUUCUCUCGCCUUCCCUCCUCUUGUUUUGAAUCUUCCCUCCCUCCUCCCCUUCUCCUCCUUUUUUUUUUAGGGGGGGGGAGCUCCUGCCUGAGCGGCGGUGACACCCUCUCCGAGGCUGGCUGGCGGAGAGGAGGCGACGCGGCGACCGCCCGAGUCCACCAUUUCCACCCGGGGCGCAGGAUGGGCUCCGUUUCUAACCAGCAGUUUGCAGGUGGCUGCGCCAAGGCGGGCGAGCCCGAGCCCACCCCGGACUCGCCUAGGCCGGACGAGGAGAACCAGCCGCUCCUGCAUGGCGUCGGCAUCUGCAAAUGGUUCAACGUGCGGAUGGGCUUCGGGUUCCUCUCCAUGACCAGCAAGGAAGGCGCCGUCCUCGACUCCCCCGUGGAUGUGUUUGUGCAUCAGAGCAAGCUCCACAUGGAAGGCUUUCGCAGCCUGAAGGAAGGAGAGGCUGUUGAAUUCACCUUCAAGAAGUCCUCGAAGGGUCUGGAAUCCAUCCGAGUCACUGGCCCUGGAGGAGUCUUCUGCAUUGGCAGCGAGAGGAGACCCAAAGGGAAAAAUCUCCAAAAACGCAGAUCGAAAGGAGAUAGAUGCUACAACUGCGGCGGCCUGGAUCAUCAUGCCAAAGAAUGCAAGCUUCCCCCGCAGCCCAAGAAAUGCCACUUCUGCCAAAGCAUUGCCCACAUGGUGGCCAACUGCCCUGUCAAAACGCAGCAGUCGCCCAGUUCUCAGGGAAAGCCCGCCUACGUCCGGGAGGAGGAGGAGGAAAUGCACAGCUCAGCCCUUCUUCCGGAAACCAGGGAAUGAUGUCGGGAAACCACUAAGGGGUCAACGGGAUUUAUAGGCUUCAGGGCAUCAAGUCAGCAAAACGGGGGAGCAGUCACCAGCCUCUGCCUCCAGAUAUAGGGAAGGCAGGCAACGGGAAGGUGUGCAGCAGCUAACCCCAAAAUGGGACAAGUAUUCAGCAGAGGGAAGACUGGAUAUUGUUCGCACAGGGUCCCUCUGCCUCAUUUAGUCUUGGGACGAGAUCUGUGGGCCUCAUCUUGAAAUAGUCCGUUCUGAGAAAUUGGGGAGGCAAUAGCACCUUCCACAGCCUUUGCUUUGUCCACCAAUCAAAAGAUUCAGACUUUUUAAAAAACAUACAACCUUGAAGAUGUGUGUGUGUGUGAUUGAGUGAGAGACAAGAGACAGAGAUUUAGCACAGCCAUAAGGUAGUUACAGUUUUUUCCAAGUCCUUCAGCCGAUUCCUAAGAAUUUUCCUAAGAAAACGAGGCAGAACAAAUAGCAAUUCUGGCAGCCUUCUCCAACCUGCCAUUCUCCGGCACAUGGUUUCCCUGUACUUAGAGCUUCAGAUUUCUUGACCUACACUUCCCAGAAGCCCUGCUUUGAGAACCACUGCUCUCGGUGGAAUGGACUACAACCCCGUUACCCUUAGGUGGUGUGACUUUGCUAGUUGGACUUUAUAGGAUUGUGUCCCAGUCCAUUUGGAGCAUGCCAAGUUCGGGAAGGCUGCAUUCUGCCUAAAUGAAAACUUCUGAACUCUCCUUCAAGUGACAGAAAGAAAUGUGUUUUCCCUUCCAGACCUAAGGAAUUAGCAGGCUGUCCGGGACCCUGACUCUCACACUUUGCUUAAACUUCACAUCUCUGGUGGGGACGGCACAGUUCAGACAUGAUAUUGUUCCUUUUUUCAUCCAGACAGAGUUGGCCAAAAUAUCUCCUCUCUUCCACACAAACGCACUACCAGCUUUACUGGGAUUUCCUAGGUCUAUAUGGACAGCUUUAAAAUGUGAGCUUUUGAGGAAAUGUUAUUGGCUCUUUUGUCAAUGGAGAGUUUUAAAACAACUUCUUGCUAUUUUCUUUUCAGCAGCUUGUUUUCAGUUGUGAGGCCUAAAUUUGACCACUGGCAUGUUGUGCUUUGUGUGUACACUCAGUACACCACUAUAUUCUCCACCUGUCUGUUUCUUCUCUCUGUCUCUCUCUCUCACACACAGACACACACAGACACAUACAGAGAGACACACAGUAAAUUUGUUUUAUUGUUGAUCAUCUGAGGCUUCUAAAAUCCCAGAGCCAAAUUCAGCACGUGACCCACAGUAUUGACUUUAAACAUAAGCACAAGGGCUCCGAGUUUGAAUCUCCCCUCUCAAAACCAAAUCAAACCGACUGCUGCUGCCUUGCCCUGCCUGGUUUCUCUACCUCUGCCUUUAAUUUAUUUUGCUCCCGCGGACAGCUGGACUUGCCGUGCGAGACAUGGGGAGUGGGGUUAGGGCCUCCCUCUCUGCUCUGAAGCUCUGUGGAGUAACCUGCACUACGACGUGCGUGUAUGACGUAUCUUUGGGUUUGUUUUCUUUUCGUUUUGGUAAAUAUUCUUUUGGUUGUUGGUUUUUUUUU